AUGAACGCUCUUCUUAUCAUAUUCGUUAUAAUAUUAACCAAAACGGAUUACUUAAAAGCAAAUUUACAAGACGAUAUUAAUAGUAAAUUAAAAAAAGGCAAAAGUACUACUUUGUCAAGGCAAAGAAGAUACUUGACAUUCCCAGAGGGUAGUUCUUUUCAAGUUGUAUUCGAUUUCACCGUUCCAUCAGUCGCAAUUGAAGGUAACGUUUUUACAUUUGGUAACACAGCUGCAAUGGCAUGGGAACUGCCAUCGAAACCAAUAACUUUUGAUGGAAAGAGAAAAGAUGAUGAAAAACCUGAAAUUACUACUUCGGAACCUAUUCCUGAAUAUUUGGAUCAUGAUCCCGCAACAGACCCUAAAUGGGCACCACCAAUGGUUUGGGACUACUCAGAUAAUUUAAAUUGGGCAACUGACACUGAUAGAGUUUAUUCAAAUCCUUAUCAGCAUCAACAAUUUCAUGAUAACUACAAUGGAUACUACAAUAAUAAUCCUUCAAGGUUUUGGAGUAGAACCAAUUAUGGCCGGAGUAUGUCGCAACCAGCUCCCUUAAAAUCUAAAUCCUAUGCUACCGAAGCUCACCACAUUCACAGACGUAGCAAAAGAGAACUUUACAAAAGAGUUGAAAAACUUCUAACAGCAAUGACAAGAGACGGUAAGGUGUGUGUUCUGAAAGCAAUAUGCCAAGUACAUAAGUUGCCGGAAGAAAAAGGCACUAUGUGGGAAGAGAUAGUAAAAGCAAUUUUUAAGUCCAGAUAUGAUAAAUAUCCAGAAGAAGAUCACUACGAUAAAGCAGCCAACGAAAAUCAUGACUGUGACGAAAUGUAUCCAAGUUGCGAUGGCCACGUGCUAAGUUUUGGCACACCAAUUCCAGAUCUCCUGAUGCCAUCAACGACACUCGGUUACUUUAUGAGAGGUAUUUAUUCUGUGCCAAAGAACGACAGUAGUGUUUAUACUCACCCGAAUCUUACUGAUAUUAGUCGUAGUGCUCCAAUCACUAGGUGGGAUAUUUAUCAUGCGUUAGAAAAAGACUCAGAAAUACGUGGUCAUGGUGGGAGACAUUGUGUAUUGAGAGCAAUCUGUGAGGCUGCUGAAGUACCUAUGGAUCAUCACCAUGGAUUUUUUGAAGAAGUUUUUCAUACAAUAUUUACACCGUCGACUACAAACGAAACAAUCAGAAAUCACUCGGAUAAUGAAUACUUAGCAGCACACGAGUUAGGGAAAAACUCGGAACGAAUAUGCAAGCGACUUUUUCCCGAAUGUAAAGUCACCUUUUUGGAUUUAUUUAGCCAGUUAUUUACUAAUUUUGAUAAUGAUUAAUAAAGGAUUUAAUGUUUAUCAAGUUAAAAGCUUUAUUUCACAACUUCACUGAUUUGUCUAAUAAAUUGUAUUUUUAAAUUAAA